ACAUUAUUCAAGUGUACAACUUUAACAAGGUUUUCCCUCAUCAACUCCCCACAUUUCUCGUGUCUUUUUCUUUUCCAAGUAUAUACAGUACAUACACUUGCACGUAUUUUAUUCCCGUGAACCUUCCAAGGCUUUUCUUCUUCUUCUUCCUCUUAUUGUCGCUUGACAUCCCCACAUUUACAUGUCAUAGGUAUUUGACACUCGUUCAAAUACUGUGCAGAUCCCGAUUCCCAACCAGCAUUUCAUUGCUGUGAGGGUUCCAUAUACUGUAUACCGUAUGUAUAGAGGAAUAAACAGCAAUUUUGAAUAAGGUGCAGCAUCGAUCAUGAUGGGCUGACGGAGAAAUUUCAUUAUACAGCAGUACACCACUGCAUGUGUACAGAGACAUCUGCUCAUGCACCAGAUUCUACAAUUUGCAAAAACACUUAUGACUUUGUAGAUGACGCUCCUCCCUCACGUCAACAACAGACACACUUGAUUCAUCCAGCACUUCCUUCUUCUUCUUCUUCUUCUUCCUCCUUGCUUUCCCUAUUUCUGCUGCAUAAGUUGAGGAAUUGAAUGGAAUAAUGGAUGCACCAUCACACGUGUACCCCACAUGUGUCGCCGAUGAUAAGAAAGAUUAUGCAUCGUCCUGCUGACGAGAAAAUAAUGGGGGAGGACUGGAGGAACAGCAGGAAGAGGAAGCACAUGAGCAUAUGCACUGUACUGUAUAUACAGGAUCGAGGAGGAGGAGGAGGAGGAGGUCGUCAGCAGGAUGUGAACCCACCAAGUCAAGUCUGAGAAAAACAAGAGCGAGAGAGGUUCACCCGUCAGCAUGCAUGCUGAAAAAAGCAGAUCAAGUGGCAUGUGUGUGCGUGCAUUGUACUGUAUAUACUGUACAGGGGCACUGCAAGGAGAGGUGUAAAAAGUAUACCAAUAAGACCAGGUUCUCCAUCUCUUUCUUUCCAAGUCAUCUCAUCUGUCCGCGACUCUCUGGUGCUUCAUCUGCUUUUGCUGCUUGGCUAUAUGCCUGCCUGCCUGCUUGCUUGCUCCGAAUAUACUGCACAGUUGGUUGGUUGCUUGCUUGCUUUACGCGUGCUGGCUGCUGCUGCUGCUGUUUGGGUGCAUUUCCUGAAAUCCUUCUUCUUGUUCUUCUUCUUCUUCUUCUCCCUGUUGCUGGUGGAAAUGAAUCAAUCAGUCAACGAGUGCCGGCUGUUUGCGGUGCAAUACAAACAGUGUGUGUAGAGAUUCGACUCUAUAUAUAUAUGUAUAGACGUGUGCUGCAUCAGUCGUCACCAGGUGUAUAAUACUUAUAGUCACUAGUGGAGUGAAGGUACAAUAUAUAAUAUGAUGAGAUGGGGGAAAACGGGCAAGACGGUGGUGGCGAGUGCGACAGUCAUUAUUGUGUGGUCCUCGGGUCUGCUGCUCCUUCUUCCGCCCUCGUCAUUGGCACAGUGUGUGCCGCGAGUCUGGGGGACAAGUGCGACUGCUAUUACAACAACAACAACAACUCGGAUGACGAUGAUGAGCAUGAGGACACCUCGUCGAAUGUGGACAGGGCCAGUCAAGGGUCAUCAUCAUCAUCAUCAUCAUCGAGGAAUACUCGGUUAUUUGGCGAUUGUGGCGACAACCUCGAGUGCCGACUACGGGACGACAACCGGUCACCAGGGGACCAAAAAGCCACUUGCCAGUUCACAGACCAGAGACUCGUGUGCGGCUUGAAUGGAAAGACCUACAACAACAUUUGCCAGUUGCAAGAAGAGUCUGUGGUUGUUGCGGUACUUGAAGAUUCUUCUUCUUCUUCCAUCAACGAGAACGUGGACAAAAACAACAAUAAGCAGCAGCAACCCUUGCUCACUGUGGCCCAAUGGGGGCCAUGCGAGGAAGGCAAGUACAUGUUCGAGUAUUGGAUGAUGAUCGAUGAUGAAAUGGUCCUUUUCCUUUCAAAUUAUCCCUCGAAUCAUCAGCCCCCAGCAUCACCGGCAGCCCCAAGCCCCAGGUCCGAGUGGGCCAGCACGGGAAUGCAGCCCUGGCAAGCGAGGCCCGCGGCUGGCCCGUGCCCACCAUCACGUGGGAGACGGCGACCGCAUGACCAUUGCCGUGCAGCAAUGAUGAGGCGGGCCAGAGAGACUCAUGGUGCGCGGGUCAUGAGUGUGCAGCCCCACGACGGCGGCCGCUACACCUGCGUGGCCACCAACAAGUUGGGCGAGGCGAGGGCCGAGUCCCAGCUGGGCGGGUCUACGAGG